AUGUACACCUCAGCAGCACGAAGUUGGCUCGUAUGGGCCUCAACGGCUGCGCUUCUCGCUGGAUGGACGCGGUUCGCACUCGUCGGUGCGCAAAACUCGGACGUGCAGUGUAAACCCGGGAACGACUGGAUGCACAACUCGAUGGGCCAGGAUGCGUGUGUGAUGGCUUCGUAUCUCGAGAUGCCCUGUUGGGGCAACAAUUAUACCGUCCAGGCCCUCACGCCGAGCUCGAAUACGUUUUAUGGCGGUUUGAGCAAAGCGGAUGAGACCCCAUGUGAUUGCAACACUAUCAUCUACGCUCUAUACGCCGCGUGCGGUGUUUGCCAGAACGAUACGUCGGAUAGCUGGAGUGACUUCAGUAAGAACUGCUCGCAAACAUACUGGCAAUCAUAUCCGGAGACAAUACCACAAGGCACGGUCAUUCCUCCAUGGGCCUUUCUGCCAGUCGUGAACGACGGCUGGGACCAGAACGCCGCGAAGCAGAAUGCCACCGCCGUCGUCACCUCGCCCUCCUCCGCCGCAGGCGCAACCGGGACCGGCAAGCCCACUAGUAGCAACAAGGGCCACUCGUCCUCAUCGAACACGGGCGCCAUCGUAGGCGGCGUCGUCGGCGGUGUCGCCGGGCUCGCGAUCAUCGGCGGUCUCGUGUUCUUCCUCCUGCGCCGGCGCCGUGCGCGCUCCGGCGGCAAGAGCGUGGGGACGAGCGGUGCGAGCCUCUUCUCGGGGCGCACGGGGACGAACAGCGGCGCGGUCACGCCGUUCACGGCGGGCCAUUCGGGUGGGAGCCAGGGGUACGGGCAGCAGCCGGAGAUGGGGAUGGCGCAUCCGCAGCCGUCGUAUGCGAACAGUGGGUUGGGCGCUGAGCCGAAGCUUUAUAACCCCGACGACCCGUCGACGUUCCCCACCUCGCAGACCCCUGCGCCGUCGACGGUCCACACGACGCAGACUCCGUAUGGCCAUCCAGGGUUCGGAAACGAGCAUCAGCCGCCGCAGCCUGGUGGGUACACCGGGGCACCGGAGAUCUAG